GGAUUUUGAUAAACAUGGCUACGUGUCUCUAUUAUAUAUGCUAAGGAGAAAUUGAGUGUUACUUAGGCACUUUCUUGCCCACGCAGGCUGGACAGAACUCAUCCAGGGACCUUUUAAAAGACACGUCCUGCCAGGAGGACAUUUUUACUUCAUGGAAAGAGACAACGAACGUUCCGUCAUAAAGCUUGUUUCUGCGGCUUUGGGAGUCCAAUGAUCUCCGCAUCUAUAAUAAAUUUGAAUUUUGUAGAUUUGGGUUUUCGUACCUGCAUGCUUAACUGCAGUCCCGAGCUCGAAUUACUGAUCAAUUCUCUUUAAUGUGUGCAAGUCAUUUAUGAAUGUUAGAUGGGAGAAUUUGGUGAUAGGUCAGACAAUGUCUCUAGCUUAUAUGACAAGAGCUGAUCGCACUUUUAGUGUCUUCACACCACGCGGUGACGUAGUGAUAAGUUUAAGGGAACAGUUAUAUAAAAAGAGAAAUCAGUUGGAAAAUGAAUUAGAAUUUAAUAGAAUUUAAUGAAGCGAAGGUCUUUUUGGGUUUAUCUGAAAACCUCAAGUUUCCCUCUUACUUGAGGCUUUUUGCCGGCGAAGAAAGAUAUUGGUAAUUUUGGAGAGGUACGUCAAGAAAAACAACUGUUAAUAAUAAAUGAUUAUACGGUCUGAUUUUGAUAAGUUGCCUUCUUCAAAGCUCAUGUUGAAGGGUAUUAAAAGAUGUAACCACAAACAUGAUUUUUGUUUGCGAAAUUCACGCAAUUGAUACCAUGACCGGUGCAAGUUUAAAAUUUUCCGUGGAAACCGUUACUGAUAUGUUCAGUUAAGAAGUUUUCCUGAUCAAGUUAUUCGCAAGGAAACAUAUUCCUGUGCAUUUUAAUGCAACCAUAAAAUUGUUCCACUCUGUUCCGUUCGAAACUAUCUUAAUUCAUGAAAAUCGCUUAGAGUAAGGUCAAAAGAUAAUUAUUUUAUCUCGUCCCGUCCCUCGGGUUUUCUAAUACGUGAACGCGCGCGCGUGGAUGACCAUUGUGACCUAUUAAGAAAACACGAUUUUACAUUACAAAGGCUUUUGUGUUUAUACAUUGCCAUGGACGCCUUGAGUAGAGACGAAUGGCUGACAUAUCAAGCGUACAAAAAUGCCAACACAGACUAAGAAAUCGGUGUCUGUGACGCCAACAGAGAGACCUGCUAAAGCAAAGAAGAAGAAGAAAAAAGAGUCGGGAAGAAACAGUCGACAUUCCGGCAGUAAAACGCCCGCUUCGGGCGCUGAUAGCUCCAGUGAAGGAACCCGUCGAAAGUCAAGAUCGAAGUCACGAGCAGACACCGAGAAAAAGGUUGCAAGCGAUUUCAACUCGAAAUCUUGCUCUUCAAGCACACAAAAUCCUUCUUCAAGUAGCUGGCGAACAAGCAGUUCGGACGGCCGAAGCACAAGCAGCAGUGGAGAAAACUUCGGCGCAACAAGUUGUACAAAUUCAGCUUCUUCGAACGAAACGCGUUCACGAGAAAACGCGGUCAACACAAGCACAUUGGCCGUUGCAUCGUCGUCGACUUUAACUCGAAUAAACGAGACUUUAAGAUGGGACUUUACAAAGUGUGAUGAUCCAGCUGAGGAAGAGGAACGGUUAAAAAUCUAUAAAUUACACAGAAGGAAAAGAUACAUGGAUUUUUUGCACAAAAGGACGGGUGGAGAACCUCAAAGUAGCUUCUAUGCGUAGAUAACUUUUUGUGGCCUAGCAACUCAGCGAAAACUAUUUAUAGUGUAUUUGAUUUUGUGACUGAAAUGCGGAAGCUUCUCUCAAAGAGAGUGCAAAGCCAGAUAAUACACCUAACUGUAUAGCAGAUAGCUUGAUAAUUUAUUUACAUUUGUCGUCGACUUCUUGACAUUUUCGGUCAAAGAUCUUUCCAUAACAUAUGAACAAAAAUUUGAGAAAACAAUUAAGGACGUGUUAAUUAAUCUUUUACUCAGUACUACGUACGUGACAAGGUCACACACGAAAGAUAACUUUUAGGUUAUUUACACAGUGUAAAAACCCCUUCUCUGUUUUCAUUGAGAAGGACUAUUAAGGAAUCUUUGACAGCUAGAUUUUCACGUUACAUAAAUAACGUAUUUCGCUCGCGAAAAACGUGAGAUCGAUUUUUUGGAUUUUAACGGCAUUCAAACGAGAAGGAUUAACGCGGAUUCAGAAUAGCUUUAUUAGCAUACACCAAACAUAACAUCCAUUUGUUUAAACUGUACUAUUAUUCCCCGUUGGUUUGUACGACAAACUACUGUACAUAGCUCAGGCUGUUUUAUUGCAGACCUCAAAAUGUGUAAAUAUGUGAAUAUGUUUUCAUCGUGAGAGAUGUAGAGUGAAUUGAGUUUUAAGAGCAGAGGGAUAAUAUAUUGAAGACUAAAGAGUGUCACAAAAGACAAAAGUAGUAUUGUACCUGAAUGUUUACUCUGUAAAGCGAAUACAACGAACGAUUCAAUAGUUUUCCAUUGUGUGGACGAUCUGCUAUUAGGUUGUUGGACCUUCCCAGCUUUCUUUUUGCACGCACCACAAUUGGCUUUUGAACAGUAAGAAAAUAAAAGGCGGAAGGAAAUUCUUUAAAGCUCUAGUUUUCAGGAAAGAGUAACACUAAAAGCAUGGGCGAUGGACGAAGGAUAGGAGCUGUAUUUUCAAGUGAACAUUUAUUGUCAGUUUACAAUGUCUAUUCACAAGGGUUGACAAGUGUUUGGUUCUACCAGCACUCCAGCUGGAUUUGAGAACAAGUUAUUAUGUUCCUUUCUUCUUAUAUAGAUCUUUAUUCACUGUCGAAAGUGAUGGACAGUGUACUUGCAUUGAUUUUGGGCUAGUUUACCGCGUUACCUAACUCUUAUUUUAAUACCGGGCCCGAGUAUUUUCUCUGCGGGUUUCCACAAGUUUCUUAGUUUUUCUGCUCUCUCCUACUCAGUAGGGCUCAAAGGAAUUUAUGUUUAAUGCAAAAUAGACAAAAAAUGUUCCAAUCCUCUGGGGAGGAGAGUUCUUACCACUGAUCAUGAUGAACUAUUAGCAAACUCGCAAUCUGAUUGAUCGGAGAGGAACCACUACAUACAUGUACGUACUGAUCGAGAGAAACUAGUGUCCGGCAGGAUUAGUAUUAGGCAGAACAGUGAAAGCACAAACUUUGUAAAGUUUUAUUCUAACAAUUCCUUCACUUUCUUGGCUUGCGAUAACGGUUUCGUGGUUUUCAAAUGUCUAAUUAAGUAGUGGUCAGUGGGCUUAGCUACACUUAGCUAGUUCACAGGCAUGUCACUUAAACUGAAAGAAA